AUGAAAGAUGAACAAAUAUCAUGUUAUUAUCUUACCGAGAAAGGGAAAAAUAAAUGUUUUAAGAAUAUAAAAUUGAUAACGUUCGACCUUGACCAUACGAUAUGGAAUAUCGACGCAUUAUUGAAUUAUGCAGAUAAUGAGUGUUAUAAAUAUAUGGAACAGAAUUAUAAAAGAUUAUAUGAUUAUUUAUCAAAAGAGUAUGCAUUAUCUAUGACAAAUUUAGUAAAAGAAUUAUUAGAACGAAAUAUAGAUAUGAAUAAAGACGGUGUACAAAUAUUAACACGUAUAAGAACAGAUGCUUUAAAGUAUUUAGCUAAGCAAACAAAUUAUGACGAAAUAAAAUUUGCUUCAGAAAUUCAAAAAUUAUGGAAAGAAAAAAAAAAAGAUGUACAUUUAUUUAUUAGUCCAGGAACAUUAGAAUAUUUAAGAGAAUUAAAAAAUAGAGGAUAUAUUUUAGGAGCUAUAACAAAUGGAGAUUCUGAUGUUAAUGAAAUAAAAUUUUUAAAUGAAAUAUUUUCGUUUGUUGUUAGAUCUAUGGAUUAUAAUUUUGCGAAACCAAAUGUCGAAAUAUUUAAUAUUGCAGAAAAUUUAUUAAAAGAGAAAAAUAUAAAUUUUCAUGUUGAUGAAUGGUUACAUGUUGGAGAUGAUGUAUAUACAGAUAUUAUGGGAGCAAAAAAUAAAAAUAUUAAUUGUGCAUGGAUAACCAUGUUUAGAGAAGGAAGAGAAAUAUCGCAUAAAGAAUGGUAUUCAUAUCUAAAAUUAAAAUAUGAACAAAAUGAUAAUAAACAAACAUUAUCACAAUAUGAUCCUUAUGCAGAUGGACUCUUUGCUAAAUUUAGAAAAAAGGAUGUGGUUCUACCCUUUGAUUAUAUAGAUAUAGAAAUAAGACACUGUCGAGAUCUAGAUAGUAUACUUGCAUAA